ACUCAAAAAGUUGUUUUCAGUACUUUUCUGACUACACCCGCCAGCCUUAUUAUUAGCUUUUUGUCAGCCGUUUAAACUUCCUGACCACAGAAAAUAAAGAAUUCAAGGUUCCUCAGAAAUAGUUAUUUCUUCUUCACCCAGAAAAAAAUCUUGAAAUAUGAAAGAUUUACUUUAAAUAUCAUUGUAUUCACCUAAUUCAAAUUAUGAGCUAACAGAAAUUUGGGCAAAAUAAGUUCUUUCUAAUUUUUUCCUUUGAAGUACAGAUAUGUCUAAAAACAGAGACCUGCUAAAACAUAGAAAAGUAGCUUGUGUUCUGCUCCAUUACAGAUUCAGAUUUUAAGUCUUGCUAUUCAUGCAGGUACCUCAAGGAGUCCUUGAAAGGAGCACGCUACUCCAGCUAAACAUUACUGGGAAUGCUGGAGCAUAUUUGGAUUUACUGGUAGAAAAUAUGGGCCGAGUCAAUUAUGGACGAUUCAACAAUGACUUCAAGGGCCUGAUAUCUAACAUAACUCUGGCUGAAGAGACACUCACCGGUUGGGAGAUAUAUCCCCUGGACAUUGACAGAGCUGUGGGCAAGGGCCUCAAUCAUGAUAUAUCUAGUAUCCAGAGUAUAUCAACCUGUCAAGAGCCUUCUUUUUACAUUGGCAAUUUUUCCAUUCCCAGUGGAAUCCCUGACUUGCCUCAGGACACCUAUAUCUCAUUUCCUGGAUGGACAAAAGGACAAGUCUGGAUCAAUGGCUUUAACUUAGGACGCUACUGGCCAGCCCGUGGUCCUCAGCUAACACUGUUUGUUCCAAGCAACAUUCUUGUUUCAUCCUCUCCAAACAAUAUUACACUCUUGGAACUAGAGAAGUCUCCCUCUAUCAGUGAGAAAUGCAUGGUGAAGUUUGUAGACAAACCUGUUCUUAAUGCAUCUCUUCACUAUGAAAGAAGUUCUGAGAAGUUGUUGACUAAAGAAUUAUGGUUGGGCCAUAUAUGAUUAUACUGGAUUGCUUCUGGAUAGCUGCUUCUUUUAUUCCACCUGCACUCUCCAUUGUGAAAGGAACUAGUGUUUUAAAAAUCCAGAAAAUAAUUAACUGUGGAGAGUUUCAUCAGAUCAGUGGAAGACAUUGAAUAGAACUGUCUCAUCUUUUGACGGAAAAUCAUGUCUGAGAUUUGCGGGGUUGGGAGACAUCUGAUUCCAUUGGCUGCCAAAUUAUUUCUACAAAUUAAUUCAUGGAAUGUCAGUUUAAUAAACUAAUGAACCACACAACUA